UGGUGAAUAAUUGUAUCGUGCAUGUUGUUGUAGUUGACUUUCACUUACAAAACACUUUCUCAGUCACCGUUCAUAGUUCAAGAUGGAAUUCAGAUAUCAGAUUUAUGUCCUCGUAGUCAUGAUCCUGUAUGUAACCGUUACUUUGACAAAACCUUUAGCAUCUACAGACCGACCUUCCAUUUCCGACGAUGCCUUGGAAAGCACAUUGAAAGACAAACGAUAUCUCCUGAGGCAGUUGAAAUGUGCUAUUGGAGAAGCCCCCUGUGAUCCUGUGGGUAGGCGCCUGAAAAGUUUAGCUCCAUUGGUUCUUCAAGGAUCUUGUACGCAGUGUACUCCACAGGAACAAAGGCAAAUCAGAAAAGUUUUGGCAUAUAUGCAAGUGAAUUUUCCCAAGGAGUGGAAUAAAAUUUUGAAACAGUACUCUGGAUGAAGAAAAAUUCAAUUUAUACAAGUUAUGUGUAGGUAUCCUAAUUGACAAUGAAAUACAAGUAAGAAACUUUCAACUUGUUGCAAUACAAACCUUGAUAAAUAAAGAACAUGAAGCAGGAUAUAAACAAAUUUUCAGUAUAUGUGUAUCAUUUCUUAGUGGAGGUUAAAAUAAAUAAUCUAUUGUAUAUGUACAAAAAAUAGUGAAAUAAAAAAGUAUAAUCAACA